GAAAAAAAAAAGGCAAACUAAUGAUGAAGUAACUUCCCUGUACCCAAGGAAAGCCUGCAAAGUGCUACUACGUGGUUUACCGUUUUUGGCUGCAUCGACUUAUCAGCAUAUUCAAGAAAUAAUGCUACAGUUAUUACGCACAGUGAACAGAACUGUUAUUACAAUGGGGCGAGAUGAUCCCUUAAUUAGUCAUUUUGUGGCAUGCAUGACAGCGAUCUUAAACCAGAUGAACAACCAGCAUUAUUCCAUUUACAUUGAAACUUUUCAGACAAGUUCAGAACUAGUGGACUUCUUGAUGGAAACAUUCAUAAUGUUCAAAGAUCUCAUUGGAAAGAAUGUUUACCCUUCGGACUGGAUGGCGAUGAGCAUGGUGCAGAACAGGGUCUUCUUGAGAGCCAUCAACAAAUUUGCAGAGACCAUGAACCAGAAAUUUCUGGAGAAUAUGAAUUUUGAAGUCCAACUGUGGAACAACUAUUUUCAUUUGGCUGUGGCUUUUAUUACCCAAGAGUCACUACAGCUGGAAAACUUCUCCCAUGCAAAAUACAACAAAAUCCAGAACAAGUAUGGAGAUAUGAGACGUUUAAUUGGCUUUGCUAUCCGCGACAUGUGGUACAAACUUGGCCAGAAUAAAAUUUGCUUUAUUCCGGGGAUGGUUGGACCCAUUUUGGAAAUGACUCUUAUUCCAGAAGUUGAACUACGAAAAGCCACAAUCCCAAUUUUCUUUGACAUGAUGCUGUGUGAAUAUCAAAGGACAGGAGAAUUCAAAAAGUUUGAAAACGAAAUCAUUUUGAAGUUGGACCAUGAGGUGGAAGGAGGACGAGGGGAUGAACACUACAUGCAGUUGUUUGAGAGCAUUCUUGCAGAGUGUGCACGUCACUAUCCCGGCAUUUCUGCCUUGGUCGAAGGGUUUGUCACCCUAGUUAAAGGCCUCUUGGAGAAACUGCUGGAUUACCGAACCGUGAUGAAUGAUGAGAGCAAGGACAAUCGCAUGAGCUGCACUGUGAACCUACUGAAUUUCUACAAGACCAUUAACCGUGAAGAGAUGUAUAUCAGAUACUUGUAUAAGUUGCGAGACCUUCAUUUGGAUUGUGAGAAUUACACGGAAGCAGCAUACACCCUUCUACUCCACACGUGGCUCUUGAAGUGGUCAGAUGAACCGUGUGCACCCCAGGUCAUGUCGACAGAGUUCCAGUGCUCACAGACCUAUCGACACUUGAAGGAGAAUCUGUAUGAGAAGAUCAUCGAAUACUUUGACAAGGGAAAGAUGUGGGAAGAAGCCAUAUCUUUAUGCAAAGAACUUGCAGAGCAGUACGAAAAGGAAGUUUUUGACUAUGAACUUCUAAGUCAAAACCUGAUUCAGCAAGCAAAGUUCUAUGAAAACAUCAUGAAAAUUCUGAGACCUAAACCAGAUUAUUUCGCUGUUGGGUAUUAUGGCCACGGAUUUCCCACAUUUCUAAGGAACAAAGUGUUCAUCUAUCGUGGGAAGGAGUAUGAGAGGAGGGAGGAUUUCCAGGCCCAGCUGCUGAGUCAGUUUCCCAGCGCGGAGAAGAUGAACACCACCUCGGCACCUGGGGAGGAGGUGAAGAACUCUCCUGGUCAGCAUAUCCAGUGUUUUACAGUUCAGCCAGUCCUGGAGGAGCAACCUAGAUUCAAAAAUAAGGCAGUACCUGAUCAAAUUAUAAAUUUUUAUAAGUCCAACAAUGUGCACCAGUUCCACUAUUCAAGACCAGUCAGAAAAGGAUCUGUUGACCCUGAAAAUGAAUUUGCUUCGAUGUGGAUUGAGAGAACAUCAUUUGUUACAGCAUACAAGCUCCCUGGAAUUUUACGAUGGUUUGAGGUUGUCUCCAUGUCUCAGACUACAAUUAGUCCUUUAGAGAAUGCUAUUGAGACUAUGUCCACGACAAACGAAAAAAUUCUGAUGAUGAUUAACCAGUACCAGAGUGAUGAGAACCUUCCCAUUAAUCCACUUUCUAUGCUUCUGAAUGGAAUCGUUGAUCCAGCUGUUAUGGGCGGCUUUGCUAAAUACGAGAAGGCUUUCUUUACAGAAGAAUACGUCAGAGACCAUCCAGAGGAUCAGGAGAAGCUGAAUAGACUCAAAGACCUAAUUGCUUGGCAGAUACCUUUCCUUGGGGCUGGAAUCAAAAUCCAUGAAAGAAGAGUUUCUGAAAGUCUUCGUCCUUUCCAUGAUCGUAUGGAGGAAUGUUUCAAGCAUUUAAAAGUCAAAGUGGAAAAACAGUAUGGAACCAGAGAAUUGCCAGAUUUUGAUGACAAGAGAGUAGGACGGCCAAGAUCAAUGCUGCGAUCCUAUCGUCAGUUAUCAGUUAUUUCGCUGACCUCCAUGAAUUCGGACUGCAGUACACCAAACAGACUUGCUUCAGAAAGCUUUGAUCUGGAAGUAAUGCUACCAAAGCCAGUAAAAGCGGAAUCAGAGGAGGCUGCUCUGCAAAUUAAUCCUCACCCUGAAGUAAAGAUGAGAAGGUCCAAAAAAAGAACAAAAAGAAGCAGUGUGGUGUUUGCUGACGAGAAGGUGGCGCCGGAGAUCUCUGACAUGAAAUGCCUUUCAAGGAAAUACGAGUUCAUGAGUGACACCAACCUCUCAGAACAUGUAGUGGCCCCUCAGAAAACAUCUGUCCUCAAGCAGAUGAGUACCGUCAGUCGUUCCAUGCCCACUAUCCCAGGAUUGACUCUGUCCGUCAGCGUUGGGACACCCGAUGAAACAACUGCGUCACAUAGGUUGAGCCAGCCAGUGUUUCCUUCCACCUCCGAUGGUGACAAGAAGACCUUCAAAAAAAAGAAAGUGAACCAGUUAUUUAAAACAAUGCGCAUUUCCAAAGUUCUGGAAGAUGGAAAGCAGUCUGCGGAGCACCAUUUCAAACCUUCGUCUGCAGAUCUGUAG